AUGGCGCGCACUAUCCGAUUCUCGCAGUACCUGACCGGCAUGUUGACGCUGCAGACAGCUCUGGGAAACCCAGUCAGCUACAACGCGCCAUCUCCAACAGGAUAUCCUGCCUUGCCCGUGCUAGAGGAUGGACAAUUGGGUGCUGUGACAUCGGAGAGCGAUGUCUGUAGCCACAUCGGUAUCGAGUUACUAAAGAAGGGAGGGAAUGCAGCGGAUGCCAUGGUUGGUACCGUAGCUUGCGUGGGUGUUAUUGGCAUGUACCAUUCCGGCUUGGGUGGCGGAGGUUUCAUGCUCGUGCGAGCAGCCAAUGGGACCUACGAAUUCAUUGACUUCCGUGAAACAGCGCCAGCCGCUGCUUUCGAAGACAUGUACAAGAACAACGAGGACGCCAGUAUCGAAGGCGGUCUGGCCUCUGGCAUCCCGGGUGAAGUGCGCGGCCUCCAGCGCCUUCACGACAACUACGGCGUACUCCCCUGGUCCACAGUCCUUCAACCAGCAAUUAAAGUAGCUCGAGAGGGUUGGCGUGUCAACGAGGACCUGGUCAGGUACAUGAACUCGGCCAUCUCCUCAGCAAGCGAGAACGCAACAUCCAAUUUCUUCAUCAACGACCCCCAAUUCGCGUUUGACUUUGCGCCCAAAGGCCGUCUCCUCAAGCUCAAUGAGACCAUCACGCGAAAACGAUACGCAGACACCCUGGAGACCAUUGCUACAGAAGGCCCUGAUGCAUUCUACACAGGUCCAAUUGCAGACGCUACAAUCCGCGCUCUGCAAGCCGCCAACGGAACCAUGGUCCUCGAUGACCUGAAGAACUACACAGUCGCCAUCCGUAAACCCUCAACCAUCACAUACCGUGACUAUAAGCUCACCGCAUGUAGCGCACCUAGCGGCGGCGAAGUCGCUCUCUCCGUCCUAAAAAUUAUGGAAGGCUACUCCCACGUCGGCGACGUCUCAAACCUCAACCUAACCACGCACCGACUCGACGAAAGCAUGAAGUUUGCCUACGGCAUGCGUGCCGAACUCGGCGACCCGCUCUACCUCUCAGGCAUUGAUGAGUACCAAGAGGACAUGAUAUCCGCGGAAACGGCUGCAGAAGUCCGCGCAAAGAUCAGCGACACAAGGACCUUCAACACAUCCUACUACGACCCGAAAGGUCUCGAGUCCCUCGAAACACCCGGAACCUCACACGUCGUAACAGCCGACCACACCGGCCUGGCCGUCACCCUGACCACGACGGUGAACCUGCUAUUUGGCAGUAAACUCGUAGUCCCCGAAACCGGCGUGAUAAUGAACAACGAAAUGAACGACUUCUCCAUUCCAAACACAACAAACGCAUUCGGCUACGUCCCCAGCGAAGCGAACUUCAUCCGCCCUGGCAAAAGGCCCCUCUCAUCCAUCAGCCCCGUCAUCGUCGAGCACCUCAACGCCACCAUCUCCAAGGCGCUUUACGUCGUCAUCGGCGCGGCAGGCGGCUCCCGAAUCAUCACCGCCACCAUACAGAACUUGAUCCAUAUCUUGGACGGGAACAUGACGACCGCACAAGCCCUAGCUCAGCCGCGUAUCCACGACCAACUCACGCCCGCGCUCGUCAGCUUCGAAUACGCGUUCGACAAUAGCACUACGAGCUUUUUGAAAGAGUUGGGUGCGAAUGUGACGUGGGUUGCGCCGGGUCAGAGUACCGCGCAGGGACUGAGGUUGUUGACGAACGGCACGUUUGAGGCUGCUGGCGAGCCGCGGCAGGUGAACAGUGGCGGGUUUGUCGUAUGA